UCACAUUUACAUAAAUUCUUCAAGUCAUCAUAUAUAGAAAUGGCUACUAUUCUUUUUUUCUUGAUUUUGGCUAUUUCUCUACUUGUGUUAUCAAUUCUCUUUUUUCUUUCUAGACUUAAACCUUAUUGUGAGUGUGAGAUUUGCAAAGGCUAUUUGAACUCUACAUGGUCUUUAGAGUUCAAAAAUCUUUGUGAUUGGUACUCUUAUCUACUCAAAAAGUCACCAAGUGGUACAAUUCAUGUACACGUUCUUGGAAAUGUCAUUACAGCAAAUCCAAACAACGUUGAAUACAUGCUCAAAACAAAUUUCGAUAAUUUCCCUAAAGGGAAACAAUUUUCUACGAUCCUCGGCGAUUUAUUAGGCCGAGGAAUUUUCGCCGUAGACGGCGAAAUGUGGAAGUUUCAACGGAAGAUGGCAAGUUUAGAACUCGGAAGCGUAUCGAUACGUUCGUACGCUUUCGAUAUCGUCAGUGACGAAAUUAGAAACCGGUUGAUUCCGCUUUUGAAAAGUAACAUCCACACCGUUGUGGACUUACAAGAUGUUUUACGACGUUUUUCUUUUGAUAGUAUUUGUAAAUUUUCUUUUGGUAUGGAUCCUGGUUGUUUAAAAUUAUCAUUACCAGAUUCAGAUCUUCAAGAGUCAUUUGAUUUAGCUUCGAAAUUGUCAGCUGAAAGAGCUAUGACAGUUUCACCUUUAGUUUGGAAAAUUAAAAGAGGUUUGAAUAUUGGAUCAGAAAAGAAGCUAAAAGAAGCAAUUAAAAAAGUUGAUAUUCUUGCUGAAGAGGUAAUAAUUCAGAAAAGAAAAAACGAUUUUUCUUCCCAAAAUGACCUUUUGUCUAGGUUCAUGAGGAAUAUGGAUGAUGAUAAACUCCUUAGGGACAUUAUCGUCAGUUUUCUUUUAGCAGGAAGAGACACAGUUGCUUCCGGACUGACUACUUUUUUUUGGCUACUAGCACAACAUCCACGUGUCAUUGAUGAAAUUCGAGCUGAGUCGAGUCGAGUCAUGGUAAGAAGAGAAAAGGAAACUUUAGCUAGUUUUGAAGAAAUUCGCGAAAUGCAUUAUUUGACUGCAGCUAUACAUGAGAGUAUUAGGCUAUUUCCACCGGUUCAAUUUGAUUCCAAGUUUUGUCAAGAAGACGAUACUCUCCCUGAUGGUACGUUUGUGGCUAAAGGGACAAGGGUGACAUAUCAUCCAUAUGCAAUGGGGAGGAUGGAGGGUAUUUGGGGUAAAGAUUGUCUCGAAUUCAACCCAGAAAGAUGGUUGGAAGACGGAGUUUUUAAGGCACAAUGUCCUUUUAAAUACCCAGUUUUUCAAGGUGGGGUUAGAGUUUGUUUGGGUAAAGAUUUAUCUAUUGUGGAGAUGAAGAGUGUUGCUUUGGCUUUGAUUAGGCAAUUUGACUUUCAAGUUCACGUGGCUACUAAAGAGCAGGCACCAAAGUUCAUGCCGGGAUUGACAGCCACCGUGAGAGGCGGACUUCCCAUCAUGGUUCAAGAAAGACGAGAACAAUAGACAGGGACGAAUUCAGGAUUUAG